UCUCUGUUUCUCUUUCCCCUCUUAAUCUUCUUCUCUGCCUCUGCCUUCUGUCUUCUUCUUAAUCGAUCUUCCAUGUCAGGCCUGUGAGCCCAAGAUAAUUACAUUUUGUUUUUAUUUACUUAAUUUAAUAAUGGGAAGGUAAUUAAAUCGAAAAGGUUGUGCAACUCAACUCUCUAUGAUUAAAAUAUUCAUCAAGAAGCUGCCAAGAAGAGGUUGGAGAACAAUCUGGGAACCUGGUUAGAAUAAAACUCCUCAGAAAGCGAUUGGCAGUUGUUAUCUACACUGUUCAUCAAAAUUCCAAUAUAAAUAUCACUCCUCUGAUCAUUAUCAUCACCCAAACUCUCUCUCUCUCUCUCCCCCCAGCCCCUUCUGACAGCUUUUCUGAUCAGAUAAGGGUAAGAACAUUAUGGGUUCUCAUGUCUUUCAGCCUUCAUGGCCAUUCUGCAGUAUCAUAAGCUCAAAUCUUGAUCAGGUUGAGUGCUUUGAUGAUUUCAUGGACAUUGAUGCUUAUGUUGAUGCCUGUGAAUUCUCUUCUAAAUUUUCCACCCCAGAUGAUAAUUCCUCUGAUAUUUCUUCAUUCCCCUGUUUUUCUACCAUCUUCCCAACUCAAUUUGCCCAAUCUCCUAUGACUUCUGGUGAUGAUCAAUCCCAAGCCACGUUAUCAGUGGACGAUUUCUUGCAGGAUCCCAAUUUUUGUGGAGAUAUGGAGUUUGUAUUCAGCGAAAAUGAGGGUAGUUUUCCUUCACAAGAAGUGGCUAGUGAAGGAAGCGGAUGGAGUCCCAGCCAUUCAGUGAAGACAAAUGAAGCACCACCAUCGUUGACCUUGCCAGGGGAAGAAUCGGAGCUCGACAAGCAAUUGAGUGUCCUUCACCUCCUGAAGGCUUAUGGAGAAGCCAUGGAGAACAGACAGAGUGAUCUUGCUGAUGUGAUUAUGAGAUGUGUGAGUGACAAAGUGAGCUUGAAUGAUGGACCCUUGUUGCGUCUAGCAUUCAACUUGUCCCAGGAUGUGGAGAAUCAUGGAGAUUAUCUAGAAAAAGAGUCCUCCAAGAACUUUGAUUCAGCUUUCAGGGUGUUCUACCAGAUAUUCCCAUAUGGGAGAUUUGCUCACUUCACUGCUAAUUCAGUGAUUCUUGAAGCUCUGCCUGCUGAUACAGAGACGAUACAUAUAGUGGAUUUUGACAUGGGGGAAGCUGUUCAGUGGCCUCCAAUGCUUGAGGCAUUGGCAAGACUGAAAAAGGGAGUGAAGUUGACAGCAAUAAAAUGGGAAAAUGAGAAUUGCCAUCGAGCUCCUUCAAUAUGGAGUUUUGAAGAGGCUAAAAAGAGAUUAGUUGAUCAUGCAAGACAAUUUGGUCUGAAGUUGAAGGUGGCAGAGAUGGAAAUUGAGGAAUUAGCAAGUGAGAUAAAGAGAAUGAAGAAAAGAGGUGGUAGAAGAGAAUGGUUAGCUUUUAAUUGCACGGUGCAACUUCCACACAUGGGGAGGAUGAGAAGCAGAAAGGCAGUGGAAGAGUUUCUAACAGUAGCUAAAGAAUCAAUGGCUAUUUCUGCCAACAGGGGAAUCAUAACUCUUGCAGAUGGAGAUUCUUGGGAAAAUUUGAAGGAUUGCUCAGGUUUUGGGUCAUUUUUUGAAGGGAAUAUAGCCCAUUACCAAGCCCUUCUUGACUCAAUAGAAUCAAAUUUCCCAGUUCAUCUUGCAGAAGCCAGAAUGGCCUUGGAAUGUCUCUUUGUGUCCCCAUUUAUCUCAUCCAAGGUUUGGUUGGAAAAGUGGAUGGAGAUAAAAGCAAGCUGCAAUGUUGAGAUUGGGAGCAGCCUGGAAGGAUGGAGAAUCAGCAGAGAAAGCAUGGAAGAAGCUGCAGAAAUGGUGAAAGGAAAUCAAAACUUGUACAGGUUGAGAACUGGAGGACAAUGGAACAAUGAGAUGAUUUUGGAGUGGAAGGGACAUCCAUUAGUGAGAGUCUGUGCAUGGAGAAAUUAAGAGGAUAUUCACAUUGGAAAAACUUGUCUGAACACGAUUCCAUCAUGGACCCCUUGAAAAAUUGACACGGGACUCACUUUCAUGUGUCUUCUGUCCCGAAGUCCAUCUGAGAAUUCCCCUAUUGGGGAUAGAAUUCUUUCUUCGAGUAAAUAUGUUAUUAAUAUUAUUGUAUAGAUUAACUGCAUCCCAGUUGUGCACAGAAACAGCAGUAGGGAUUGUGGUAAUUAUACAAGACAUUUUUUUUCAAUUUUCUUGAUGACAGAAAAUUUAUGAAAUCAUAUCUCAGCUUCAG